AUUGACACUCCAUUGGUUAUGGUGUUAUGCUUGAAUUCGACGAGUUGUAAUCUGUAAGAUCCCAAAUAUUUUCUCUCUCUUUCUUCUCAUUUUCCUGUGUUUUCCUGGCAACUCAACGUACUGAAGUUCUCCCAGAUCAAGAUCGGAUAUGGGUUUUCUGGUAACAACCCUAAUAUUCGUAGUGGUAGGAAUAAUUGCUUCUCUUUGUACUAGAAUUUGCUGCAACAGAGGUCCCUCCGCUAAUCUGUUGCACCUCACAUUGGUUAUCACGGCAACUGUUUGUUGUUGGAUGAUGUGGGCAAUUGUAUAUCUUGCACAAAUGAAACCACUUAUAGUUCCCAUUUUGAGCGAAGGGGAAUAGAGCUUGUCAUGGAGAAGAGCAUCUUGUUUUUAGACCGGAAAAUCAUGGCUUGCGGAUUGGCAGGCAGAGAACAUAUGGUUAUAACUCUAGUGAAUGAUUCGUUUUCUUAUCUUCCAAUGUCUGAGUUUGUAUGUAAUUCUUAUUGGGGUGUAAACGAGGAAUUAGUUUGCCUUGGGUGCUCGACUUGAACAUGUUCUUUUACACUGUUAUAUUAAGUUCUUAUUCCAUUUCAAGAAUCUAAUUGAGCAUCCUAUAAGACACAGACAACAAGUAUGUAACUUGGAAUUGAAUAAUUGUUGAGGAGAGCUCCUUUGGUUUUGCAUGAUAUAAGAUUUGAAGUAUUGCGAGAAA